CUUGUGACACCAUGAAGGUCGGCAUGGUGUUGGUCCAGAUGACGACACCCGACGCUGACUCUCAGCCGUUCAUGCCUUCACUCAACCCAAGUUCUGACCGAGUCCUGGUCCCAGCUGGGCAAGAUAUUGGAUGCCAACCACCAUUAAAGCCCACUGAAGAAGAAGAAGAAUGAGACGAAUUUGUCAUUACAAAUCUUUACCGAUAUAUGAUAUAAUUUACUUAUUCUCUGUAAUAUCGUAUAGCUUUGGAAUCGUGACAUUAUCUAGUGUGGAGGAAAAUAUGCAGGUUUCUGGACUCAUACCCUGACUUUGAGAAGGGAUUGCGUGACCCAGCAUGACAAGGUGAACGUGAAUGUCCGACAGUCUGCUGGGUGAGCCGUUAUACGUUCCUCCAUUCAUUGCCGAAUGGGAUUCCUAGAUCCUCCUUUCUCUAAUAUCUCUGCCAUGAGCUCUUAAAUCGAGAUAGCUGUGUAUUUUGCUACUGCAUGGCCAGUAUGAACCGGAAUGUCUGAUGAAGAAACGCUGAAGGAAAUUUGGCUUCCCCAAUGGAUCCGGACAAAGCUAGCCCGUUCCCCUCCACCCUCCAGGAGUCCCCAGGUCAAACACCUCCUGGUACCGCUUUACUGCAGGGUCUGGUCGACUGCAGGAAAACACCGGGGCAGAGUGGAACUGAGAGAGGAGGAGGAGAAGAGAAGGAAGAUGGAGAUUUGAUUUCAUUAAGUGUUCAUGAUCAGAGCUGUUUGAAUGUGACUUACACCCAUCAGAGUAUCUGUUCCUUGAAGGGGUCAACAGUGGACGUUACUUGCACUUAUAGACAUCCCAGCUGGCAUAACGUCACAGAAGUAUCCUGGUUCAACAAAUGGGAGUCUGGAGUACUGCAGAUCUAAGCCAGGACCCAGAGUAUGCAGGUCGUUUGAAGUACCAUCCAACUACAGACAAAGACUCCACCCUGAGAAUCACAGACCUGAGAGAGAGAGUGACUUUGCUGAAUACAAGUUUAGAUUUACAACAACUGAGGUAAAAUGAGAUACAGCUUCCCUGGAAUAACUCUGAAUGUCACAGCCCUUUUCAGACUUGCAGGUGAAGGAGACUCCUGCCACAGAGGAAGGGAUGGUGACACUGACCUGUAGCACCACCUGUACGCUAACUGACAACUCCAACCCCACCUACAUCUGGUACAAGAACAGACAACGUCUCACCAACCCAAACACCCAAGAUAACUACCUCUCCCUAGACCAAAUCAGCAGUGAGGAUGCAGGCAGCUACUCGUGUGCUGUAAAAGGCUACGAGAAUCUCCGUUCUCCUGUUACAUUUGUUGGGGAACCAAAGUCUUUGAAGAAUCCAAUUGUAGGAAUCAUAGUUGUUGUUCUAAUUCUCAUAAUCUGUCUCCUUGGGUUCAUGUGGUUCAGAAGGCCUCCAUUAUCCACGUUUGACACACAAGACAGGAGAGACACAGUAGAGAAUGGACAGAGAGACUCUAAUCCAGUGUAUGACAACGUCUCAGGCAUGCCCAUGGCCCCUACUGCAGCACAGAGACCAAUCACAGACGAGCAGGAUGACGUUACCUACGCAAGCAUCCAACACAGAAACCAGGAAGUGCCUCUGUACUCCACCGUCCCACCCCCAGAAACAGGACCAGGAUUUCCAAUAUGCUACUGUGAAAUUCAACAGCCCCAGUGCUGCUCAAUAGACAUUGGGUUGGAUUCAAUCAAAUCAUGGAAACCAACCAGCGUCUGAGAUGGGGAGCGGGAGUAGACUUGACAGUAUCCCCCCCUCUCCAGCCACAGGACAACGCCGGCCAGAAGGAUGGCCCCGAGGGUGAGGAGCGGGCCGGUCCGGAACUGGGAUGAUGUUGUGAUCUUUAAUGUCGUCUACCGGAACCCAAACCGCUCCUCCGGACCGUACCCCUCACAGUCCACUAGUUACUGGAGCCAACCCCCAUGACGUCGGGAGUCCAGGAGGGAUCUGACUGCUUAGGCCGGGCUUCCCUCGACGUCCAGGGGAGGCAGAGGGGGACGGCAUCAGCCAGGAGACCAGGAACCACCGGCCUGAGGAGGGAAACGUGAAAAGAGGUUGAGAUACAGCAGUUAGUGGGGAGCUGUAAUCGGUAAGUAGCCUCAUUGAUCCCCCUUAGGACUUUGAAUGGCCCCACAAACCGGGGGCUCAGCUUCCGGCAGGGCAGGCGGAGCGGGAGGUUACCGGGCCGCCCCUCUGCUCUAGUGGACCCUGGGUUAGGGCGCACCAGACACCUCUGAAGCUGGUGCCCCUCCUGGCCGCAAUAGGAACAGAGCCCCAGCUGUCUCCGGCGACGCGGAGAGGUGUGUGGCCCCUACCUCCAUUGGUUCAAGCUCUGCCUCAGGACAGCCAAAGGAGGGAGGCGAGUGGCGACAUAAACUUCUAACCUCCCAGAGAAGAUUAUCCAGACAGAUGGCCAUCGAGAUGAGAGCAUCCAAGGAUAUGUUGUCAUCCCGACAUGCCAACUCCGUCUGGACCUUCUUGUGCAGACCACUAAGGAAUAGAGUGCAGAGAGCCGGCUCAUUCCAUCCGCUGGAGGCCGCCACAGUGUGGUGAGGGCGUACUCCGCAGCGGUCUGGGCACCCUGCCGGAGCUGGAAAAGUCACUCACCUCCCUCUCUACCCUCUGGAGGAUGGUCGAAGACCGCCCUGAACAGAUACAUUAACCUUGAAUACGAACCCGGCUCCUCCUCUCUCCCAGACGGCAGUAGCCCACUCCAACGCCCCUCCGGUCAGCAGGGAAAUGACUGUGGUAACCUUGGACCCCUCGGUGGUGUGGACUCCCAUCUGAUAGACGAAAUAGAGGGAGCACUGGAGUAGGACGCCACAGCAUUUCGAUGGAGUAGUGGCAUAUUUCUCCGGAAGGGACAGUCGGGCAUCGCUGACCUGGGUGGACGGCUGGGUAGUCUGGGGGGCUGGCUCACUGUGACAACCUGUGGUUGGAGGACCUCGGCGGUGGAGAACGCGGAGGACCUCCUCCAUGGCCGUACCCAGUCUUGCCAGCUGGUCGUGGUGUUGAUGGAGUAGAUGACCUUGUUCGUUAACUGUCUGGAAGAGGGUUGAAUCUUCUGCUGCUUCCAUAUUGGGAGGUGUUAUUCUGUAACGUAUACACCGGGAGUCAGAAAUCAGGUGCAGAAAGUGAGUGUUAAUACUGAACAGAUACAAAAGCACAAACAUGGGAAGUGUACUGAACGUGAGAGAAAAACCAAUAACACCUAAGGACUGAUGACAACAGGGGCUAAAUAAAGAGGAAGUAAUCAGGGAAGUGAUGAAGUCCAAGUGUGCCUAAUUAUGAGGCGCAGGUGUACGUAAUGAAGGUUGCCAGGUGUGCGUAAUGAUGGGUUGCCAGGACCGGUGGUUAGCAGACCGGCGACGUUGAGUGUCGGA